UCUCGUGCAUCGCUACAACAUUUUUCACAUCAUAAAAAUCAUCAUCCCGGUAUUCUCCAACGUUGAUCGAAUAAAUAGUGUAGAAAUAAAACAUUUACAAUGGUGUCCCUGAACCCCGUGAGAAUUCUGAAGAAUGACGCUGAAGAGGAGAAAUCAGAAAUCGCUCGUCUGAGUCUCUUCGUGGGCGCGAUUGCCAUCGGAGACCUGGUGAAAUCCACACUGGGUCCAAAAGGCAUGGAUAAGAUUCUUGUCGCCCAUGGACGCAGUGCAGGACAGGUUCAGGUUACCAACGAUGGUGCCACCAUCCUCAAAAGCGUGGGUGUUGACAACCCAGCAGCGAAAAUUCUUGUGGACAUGUCUAAGGUUCAGGAUGAUGAAGUUGGAGACGGUACCACCUCGGUUACUGUUCUGGCAUCUGAAUUACUGAAGGAGGCGGAGCACCUGGUCGAACAGAAGAUCCACCCUCAGACAAUAAUAGAAGGAUGGCGUCGUGCAGCGAAUGUAGCACGUGAGGCCCUCCAGAACGCAGCCUCCGACCACUCAGCAGACCCCAAGCGGUUCCGGGAGGACCUCCUGAACAUCGCGAGGACGACCCUAAGCUCGAAGAUCCUCUCCCAGUAUAAGGAACACUUCAGUGAACUCGCGGUUGACGCUGUCCUCCGUCUUAAGGGAUCUGGAAACCUCUCAGCCAUUCAGAUAAUAAAAAUUCGAGGUGCCACCCUCGGCAACUCCUUCCUGGACUCUGGCUUCUUGCUGGACAAGAAACCCGGUGUCCACCAGCCACAGAGGAUCACUGACGCGAAGAUCCUCAUCGCCAAUACUCCCAUGGACACUGACAAAAUCAAAGUGUUUGGAUCUAGAGUCAGGGUGGACUCGAUGGCGAAAAUCGCUGAGCUCGAGGUGGCUGAGAAGGAGAAGAUGAAGGACAAGGUGGAGAAGAUUGUCAAACACGGAUGCAACGUCUUUAUUAACAGACAAUUGAUCUACAAUUACCCGGAACAACUCUUCGCUGAUGCUGGUGUUAUGGCUAUUGAGCACGCUGACUUCGAUGGAAUUGAGAGACUCGCGCUCGUUACUGGAGGAGAGAUUGUCAGUACUUUCGAUCAACCUGAACUGGUUAAACUUGGAAAGUGCGAUUUGAUUGAACAGAUAAUGAUCGGUGAAAAUACACUUCUCCGUUUCUCCGGAGUACCCCUCGGUGAGGCUUGCACGGUAGUAAUCCGUGGAGCCACUCAGCAGAUUCUGGACGAGGCCGAGCGGUCCCUGCACGAUGCCCUCUGCGUCCUGGCAGCAACUGUCCGAGAAUCGAGGAUAGUUUAUGGAGGUGGUUGCAGCGAGAUGAUCAUGGCCUGCGCUGUCAUGAAGGCAGCAGCUUCAACGCCCGGCAAAGAGGCAGUCGCCAUGGAGGCCUUCUCCAGGGCUCUCCAGCAGUUGCCCACCAUAAUCGCUGAUAACGCUGGCUACGACUCGGCACAGCUCGUCAGUGAGCUCAGGGCUGCUCACAACUCUGGAGUCUGCACUGUCGGUCUUGACAUGGAGAAUGGCAAAGUUGCCUGCAUGACAAAGCUCGGGAUCACUGAAUCUUGGGCGGUCAAGAGGCAGGUGCUUCUCAGUGCUGCAGAGGCUGCUGAGAUGAUCCUUCGUGUCGACAACAUCCUGCGAUCAGCUCCACGAAAACGCGUCCAAGAUCGUGGACACUGUUAAUUCAUUAAAUUAAAAAUGAAGCGACUAUUCAUUUAUUCUCACUCAUUGCAUUGUUAAGUUGCCUAAGCUGCUUUUCCGUUGGAAGAUUCUUGUGUAAACUCAAGUCAUGCUCCUAGCAUAAUCGAUGAGGGUCGAGUAUUUUUACAUUAAUUCACUAAUACUAAAUAAGUAUGAGUACGAAUUUGAAAUGAACACGAUGAAAAACUGAAGUAUUGGAGGAAUGAGAAAAUUAUUGGUGAACACAUUUUCAUUUUUUUAAUAACAGGUACCAUUUUUACAUGAAUAAAUGCCUCAAAUAGUA